AUGAUGACAGAAAAGAAAUUCCACAUCCCUGGAGAAGACCAGGAACAUCGACAACCGCCAAUUCACUGGCAGCUAAAAUACGAUACCACUCAUGACGUCAGGUUUGAGUCCAUGCGGAACCCAACACGUCAUGGUCAACUGCACCGGAUUCAUCGUGAUCUCACAAAGGAAACAGAGCGUAAGAUCCGCGCUUAUGAACGUGGACAACGAAUUCUCACUGCCGAAGUCCGAAGACACUCUCAAAAAGUUCAAAGCAGAAUGACGACAUUACGAAAUAUUACUAACAGCGUGAAUAAUUUGCUCUCUUUGAAAUACAGUUACAACGACUGGAAGAAACACAAUUCAGAUGCCCGUCAUAAAUUUACCAAGACGUCAGAAAAAUCACAAAAGCGCGAAAAUCAAAAGCUUCUUUUCCGUGUGUCUCAUCGUGAAGGCGAUGAAAAGGGCAUGACAGUCAAAACUGGAAAGUCACUUGACGAUUCAGCCCUUCCAGAUGUCACCACGAUGAAAACGCUCCCACCACAGACCAUAAUUGUUCAAAGAGAACUGACGAUGCCCUACUAAAGUGUUCUUGCAUAGAAACCUAUGCAGUUCCAUGUUGGACUUUUCAAUGGGGUCUGUAUGAGAAGUAAUUUUGUAGCCGUGUUUAAUUAUUUAUCUGAAUUGUCAGGUUAUCUGCUGUGAUGGAGUAUGAAUAUUCAAUAAAGUAGACUAGAGACAUUA